AUGAUUGGAGGUGUGAUACAUCCACGCACACCAUACAAUUCUGUUGAAUGUUUAGCGCAAAUGAUUGUUAGAGUCAAGCCGAUUAUGGAUAAGAUAACAAGAAAGAUCGAAAAAGGUUUUGGUGACCAAAUUUUGAAUAUUAUUCAAGAUAUUCGUGUGCAAAUGGAAGAUUGCAAUGAAGAUAUUAAUUCAGAUACUCUCAAUCGUGAAAUUUCUCCACGUGUUGGGCGAAGUUAUUCAUUAUUUGACGCAUACGAGAUCUUGGCAUACAAAGUAUCAAUGGCGCUCAAUGAUAAUGUUGUUCCAAACUUUAUGCCAUACUUUUAUGUUCAUUUUGAAGAUACUGUUUUACCAUAUCUCACAGUUCAAAUUAACGAAGAAGAAUUUCUCGACGAUAUUCUCAAAAGAGAUCUUAAAUCACAAAACAAGAAGCUUAGAAAUUUCGGAGACCUAUCAAUUCCUACACAAUUAGUUUUUAUUAAAAUCGAGAGACAAGAUUCAGUGACAACACCUCUUAAAUUACGCCAAUCACUCGAUCUAACAGAAUUUGGUGGUUCACAGUACCAAUUAUUCAUGAUUUGCAAUACGAAAAAUCCAGGAACAGAUAAUUCGAUCAUUAUGUACUUAAGUGAUCCAAAAGGAUGGAUUACAGUUGAUCCUCUUGAAAUAAACCCUGUUAAUCAAUUCACACUUGCAAAAGAAACUCGCCAUACUUCAACUCCAACGAUAUUUGUUGGAUAUAUCCAGGGAAAGUCAAACGUCGAGCUUUUCAGACCAGGCGCUCCACAGUCUAUCAAGGGAUCCUCCCACGGAGCAACAUCAUUUGUCAGACAACGCGAACUGGAAAGGGCAGAAAACGUAACUCUCGAAAGGCCACGAACAUUGAACAUAAAUAUCUUCGAUCCUGCUAAAAUGGCCGUCCAAAAGAUGCCAGAAGUACAGUUCAGAUCCACAGAUGAAUACAAGAACGCGAUUAGAUCGUUAAGGAACAAUCUUGUAGCUAAAGGAAACAAGACAUCAGAGAUUUACUUCAGGAAAGAUGAAAACAGUCCUUACGAACAUCCUCCAAUCGAUAUUCCAGAAGAAAAUGCAGAAUUAAUUGGAGAUAUUACGGGAUCUUUGGGAUUUUUGAACGAUUACAUGAACAUGAAGCCUAUAUCUGUCAGCCUCGUCAACCUUACGAAGCCAGAUUUCUAUAAAAUCAAAGUUAAUUUCGCUCCUUUCCAGAAAGUCUCAAAUGUCAGGGAGUACGUCAACAGAUGCCUUGCUACAGCUCUCAACCUCCCCCAAAAGAACAGAAAUAUCUUUUAUUGGGAUGGAGAAGCCUAUCAAAUUGCAGAUGAUGAUGCAAAAAUCGACUUUUAUGAGAACAAAGAAGAAGCAGAGCCAUUAGAAUUUUAUUUCACUACAGAUAAUAAGGUUCCUGAUGGAGCUCACGUAAUUCGCAUCAGAUUUGUUGAUGUAAACCCAGCUUACACGGCCACUGAUGCUCCAUUCUCAUUCAACCAGAUCGAGACUGUUGAUAAGUUAGUUAAUUUCGCUCAAAAGAAAUUCGGAUUCCCAGAUAUAGAUUUCUUUACAUUCCAAGAGCAAGGACCGCAAUUGUACAUGUUCCCACAGAUGUUGGCAAAGACAAGGGAAGGAAAGAAACUUAGCCCGAUGAUUUAUUUCGAAGGAGUUAAAUCUCCAUUGUUUGCACAGUCAGCUUUGCAUGUUCAUCCUGAUACAGCUGUUUUAUCUUUCGUUUUGGCUGAAAACUUGAACCCUCUCCAGCUUACAAAUGACGCUUUUAGACUUCCAUUUGAUGUUGCAGCUCCAUACAAGGAAGUCAAAGCAAAACUGAGAAGAGUUUUGGAAGCAGACAAGCUCGAUAUUAUUUAUGUAGUUAACAAUGGUGAUAAAGUCAAUUUAGCUGAUGAUAUGGUUUGCAAGAGCAUGACCAAAGGUGUUUUCUUUGUUAAGAUAAUUGAAUAA